AUGAUAUUCAGUGCCACAUUGACAGGUGUUAACACUAUUAGAGCGUAUGGAUGUUGUGGACAAUUUAUUAAUGAAAAUAACAAACAAUUGGAUAUAAAUCAGAGAUGCAUUUAUCAUAAUUAUAUAACAAAAAUUUGGCUUCAAGUUAGACUCGAAACAAUAUCUAAUUGUCUCAUAUUAUUUGCCGGAUUGUUUGCUAUAUUAAAAAGAGGCACAAUUACUGGGGGCUCAAUAGGACUGUCACUUUCAUAUGCAUUAACAUUAACUAAUACAUUGAAUCAAUUAAUUGUCAAUUUUAGUGAUUUGCAAAACUAUUUAGUUUCCGUUGAAAGGAUUGACGAAUAUUGUUGUAUUGAAUCCGAACAUAAAUCUACUGAAACUGCAAACAAAUUGCCAGACAAUUGGCCCGACAAGGGAUCGGUUGAAUUUGUGAAUUAUGGCACCAGAUAUAGACAAGGAUUAGAUUUGGUUCUCAAAGGGAUUUCAUUUAAGAUUAAUCCAAAAGAAAAAAUAGGAAUAGUUGGUCGGACUGGAGCCGGAAAAUCAUCAAUAACUCAGUCAUUGUUUAGAAUAAUUGAGCCAAUAAUGGGAAAAAUUAUUAUCGAUAAUAUUGAUAUUACACUAUUAAAUCUAGAGGAUUUAAGAUCUCGUUUAACAAUUAUACCACAAGAACCGGUAUUGUUUUCGGGAACAGUUCGCACAAAUUUGGAUCCMUUUAACAAGUUCUCCGACGAUGACUUGUGGACAGUAUUAGACAAAUGUAAUCUCAAAGAGUUUAUUAAAUCACAAGAAUUGGGUCUUAAUUAUCUUAUAUGUGAAGGCGGUGGUAAUCUGAGUGUGGGUCAGCGACAACUGGUAUGUUUGUGUCGGGCAUUAYUACGACACACGAAUAUCCUUAUCCUCGAUGAGGCCACGGCUGCCGUCGAUGUGGAGACCGAUUCACUCAUACAACAAACCAUAAGAAAUGAGUUCCCAAUGUGUACUAUACUGACAAUUGCCCACCGAAUCAAUACGAUUAUGGAUUCGGAUCGUGUUUUAGUGCUUAACGAGGGAACGGUAGCUGAGUUUGACUCACCCGACGUUUUGCUUAGUAAUCAAAACUCUAUAUUUUAUUCACUGGCCUCUGAAGCGGGAAUAGUUUGA